UUUAAAUCAUGUCGAGCACCAUUGAAGAUAAUGAAUUACCUAAAGCUCACGUCUCAAGAAUAUUAAAGAAUGCUCUUCCUCCUGGAACCCUUUUGCAAAAAGAUGCAAGAUUAGCUGUCAAUAAGGCUGGAACCGUCUUCAUCAAUUAUUUGUCUGCAGUCUCAAAUGAUGUUGCAAAAGGUUCAAAUCAGAAAACAAUCACUGCCAACCAUGUGUUUCAAGCAUUAGAAAUUGUGGAAUUAGAUCAUUUGAUUGAGCCACUAAAAAAAUCAUUUGAAGCCUAUCAAAAAUUAGCCAUUGAGAAAAAGCAGAAAAAGAAGGAAAAGGAUGGCUCCAAGCCAAAGACAGAAGAAGAAGAAGAAGAGGAAGAAUUAGAGGACACUCAAAUGGAAGAGAAUACACCCUCAUCACCAAAAGGUCAGAAGCGUACAUUAGACGAUAGAUUGGAGGAUGAGGAUGAAGUUAUGGAGCAAAAGACUAAUGAAAAAGAACAAGAAGAAAUGAUCAAAGAGGAUCAGUAAAAUAAUUGGAAAUGAUAUUCCAUAUUACUUGUAAAUAAAUCCCACUUUUAAACAAGAAAAUCAAUACAAUUAAGUAAAUGACUAUCCUUUUGAAGAAGAGAAAAGAAUGAAAGGUUUAUAGCCUAUUUAGUAAGAUUUAAAGAAUAGUAAUGAACGUGGCGACAAUUAUUUAAACCAAGAGUUUACUUGAAU